AUGGCGAAAACAUACCCGUUUGAGUUGGACCCGUUUCAAGCAACCUCGGUAGCGUGCUUGGAGCGGCGCGAGUCCGUGCUCGUGGCAGCGCACACGUCGGCGGGAAAGACUGCCGUUGCGGAGUAUGCAAUCGCGAUGGCGUUUCGCGACAAGCAGAGGGUCAUUUACACGUCCCCUCUCAAGGCUCUGAGCAACCAGAAGUACCGCGAGCUGAGUGAGGAGUUCAGCGAUGUGGGGCUCAUGACGGGUGAUGUCACCAUCGCCCCCAACGCAGCCUGCAUCGUCAUGACCACCGAAAUUCUCCGAUCCAUGCUCUACCGAGGCUCGGAAGUGCUUCGGGAGGUGGCUUGGGUGAUUUUCGACGAGAUUCACUACAUGCGGGACCGGGAACGUGGCGUGACCUGCUCCGAGCUGGACUUCCAUCCAAUGAUCGUCUUCAGCUUCCGCCGGCGAGAGUGUGAGGCGUACGCCAUGCAGCUGAGCAAGCUGGACUUCAACAGCGAGGAGGAGAGCAAGAUGGUCAAAGAGGUAUUCAACAACGCCAUAUCAGUGCUCCCCACAGAAGACCAGGACCUCCCAGCAGUGCGCCAGAUGCUGCCGCUGCUGCAGAGGGGCGUGGGCGUGCACCACUCGGGGCUGCUGCCCAUUCUCAAGGAGCUCAUCGAAAUCCUCUUUCAAGAAGGGCUUCUCAAAGUGCUCUUCGCCACUGAAACUUUCGCCAUGGGUCUCAACAUGCCGGCUCGCACCGUGGUCUUCACAGCCACACACAAGUGGGAUGGCGAGGCCAACCGGGCCAUGCACUCGGGGGAGUAUAUCCAGAUGAGUGGGCGAGCAGGGCGGCGAGGCAAGGACAGCAAAGGGAUUGUCAUCGUGAUGGUCAAUGAGGAGAUGACCAUGGAGGCGUGUAAGGAGAUGAUGCUGGGGAAGCCAGCCCCCUUGGAGAGCUCCUUCCGCCUGACGUACUACGCGCUGCUGAACCUCAUGGCUCGAGCCGAGGGGCAGUUCAACGCAGAGCACGUCAUCGCACACUCGUUUCACCAGUUUCAGCAUGACAGGCAAGUACCAGAGGUGGAGAAGAGGAUCAAGCAGCUGCACGCAGAGGCCGACGCGCUGGAAGCCGGGACUGAGGAGGAGAUUCGCGAGUACCACGCGCUGCGCCUGUCCCUGGCGGAGAAGGAGAGGCGGCUCAAAGCAGAGGUGCUGCGGCCUGAUCGAUGCCUGCACUUCCUGCAGCCGGGGAGACUGAUCCGAGUGGUGGAUGGUUUGGACGACUGGGGGUGGGGGGUGAUCGUGAACGUGAUGAAGCAGCCCUCUCAGAGCAACAGCAAAUCAGCCGUCAUCGCCCCCUCGCCCACGGCCUCUGCUGCCGCCGCAGCACCGCUCUCCACCACGGCAUACCUGGUGGACACGCUGCUGCUGUGCUCUCCCGUUGUGGAGAGUGGAGCAGCGGACGGCUCCACUGCCCAACUUGUGCCACGCCCGUGCGCCCUGGACGGGAACGGGGACAUGCACGUGAUCCCUGUAAAGCUCCCAGCAGUGGCCAGAAUAGGCGCGCUCAGGAUUGCUCUCCCCACGGAUCUUCGCCCCAAGGAGGCCCGCCAGGCCGUGCUGGUGACACUCAGGGACGUCACCCAGCGGUUCCCUGACGGGCUGCCGAUUCUAGAUCCGGUGGAGGACAUGGGCAUCACGGACGAGUCGUUUCUGGACUUGGUCCACUCCAUUGACCAGGACGAGAGCAAGCUGGCCACGCAUCCCCUUUUCAAGGCGGAGGUAGCAGAGCAGAAGCUGGAGGUGCUCAAGAGGCGAGGGCAACUGCUGGCAGAGGCACAGCGGCUAAAGAUGAAGACAAGGGAGUCACAGCUUUCUCUGUUCAAAUCCGAGCUGAGGAACCGCUCACGGGUGCUCAAGCGGCUGGGCCACAUCGACUCAGACGGGGUGGUGCAGCUCAAGGGCCGGGCGGCGUGUGUGGUCACGACAGGCGAUGAGCUGCUGGUGACGGAGCUGAUGCUGGAGGGGGCUUUCAAUUCCAUGGACCCGCACCAGUUGGUUGCUGUUACCAGCUGCUUCUUGCCUUCCGAAAAGUCAAAUGAGGAGCAGCCUGUGGCAGCAGACUUAAAGCCGCAUUACAAUGUCCUAAGGGAAGCAGCGCAGCAUAUAGCACGGGUGCAGAUUGAAGAGAAGAUAGAGGUGGACGAGGAGGAGUACGUGGAUCAAUUCCGGCCGACGCUCAUGAGCGUGUUCUACCAGUGGUCCAAGGGAGAGUCAUUUGGCAAGGUCAUAGACAGCACGGAUGUGUUUGAGGGAACGAUUGUGCGUGUGGCUCGACGGCUCGAUGAGCUUCUAAACGAG